UUUGCAAAAUCUAGGCAUGGCGCUUCUCUUCUCUUUCCCCACUGAUUUCUCCAAAACCGGAAAAAGUAAGGAAUUGGAUCGAGAUGGCGACUGGCGGUGGCACUGAUCGGCGAAUCGUGCACGGUGUGCUCAUGUUCACCCAGAUCACAUUCGGCAUCAGUUACGUUCUCAACAAGGUUGCUCUCAACAAUGGCGUCAACAAGAUCGUCUUCUCGGUCUACCGGGAUAUCGUGGCCAUCUUGUUCUUGGCGCCUCUUGCUUACUUCACCGAAAGGAAUGAGAGAACCCAGCUCAAUGCCAAACUUUUCAGCACCGUGUUUCUUCUGGGAUUCAUCGGGGUCUAUGGUGCACAGCUUCUAGUGCUUACUGGACUCUCAUUGACAUCGUCUGGCUUUGUAUCUAUCAUGCAAAGUGUAACUCCAGUGUGUGCUUUUCUCAUUGCCAUGGUUUUCAGGCUGGAACACAUUCGAUUCAAAAGGAUAGACGGCCAGGCUAAACUCUUGGGAGUGAUACUGUCGAUCGCAGGAACUUUCAUAGCCUCGGUCUUUAAAGGCCACGCAGUUGUUGGAGCAAGCAAUGGUUUCACUUUAGAUCUCUCGCCUUGGAACCUCGGUGCACUUGUCCUUGCUGCAAACAGCUUGUGCAUUGGAGCUUACAUAAAUCUACAGGCGCCAAUUCUCAAGCACUAUCCAGCACCAUUUUCAUUGACAGCACUCUCGUACGUUUGUGGAAUGGUCUGCCUAGCGGCCACAGGAGCGUUUACAGUAAAUCUGUCGGUUUGGAGGAUCACCAAGCUUGUAGAUGUGAUUGCUUUCACUUAUGCGGGAAUCGUUUCUUCGGGCUUAAACUUCGCAUUGCAGACGUGGUGCGUCCACAAAGUCGGGCCUUUCUUAGUUAUCGCGUAUUUUCCCCUCCAGGCCAUUGUUGCAAGCUUCCUAGCAUUCAUAUUCUUGAAAGACUCCCUCUUCCUUGGAAGCAUUGUUGGCGGACUAUUUAUCGUAUCAGGACUCUAUUUUGUGACAUGGGGACAAGUCAAGCAAAAAAAGCUAGACGCUCAAGAAGAACCCACAGAACCUUUGAUCGCCUAGAUUUAUAUGACCAUUACCUCUGAAAGGAUCCUGACGAUUCAGAACACCCGUUCUUUCAUGCCUGUGAAUGAAAGACACGAACAUUCAAGAAACAACAUUCGUCACCUGGAAA